AAAAUGGGUUCUGCACAGGCCCACUGGGUAGGUGCUCUGCAAACAGGUGCACCAAACAAUUACACAAACACCUUCUCUGCAUCAUUAGAUUCCAAGCGAAUGGCGUCAUGAGAACGGUGGAGCACUCGCCGAUCAAGCUGACAGCCGACCCUGCAUCACUACGAAUUGGGUCAAUACAAUAAUUCCCAUCUCCCUCUUACGUAGUUCCAUGCUUUCUUCUCUCUCUCUGUGUUUUUUUGCCACCUUUCAUUAAUUGUAGACUUCUUCCUCUCGAGCUUCCCAAUCCCAUCCGUUUGGCUUCGGGUUGGUUCUCUCUCUCUCUCUUUCUCUCUGUGUCUCUCGAACGCACGCUUGCACACAGCACCCCGAAAGUGACGGCAUGGUGUAGUGCAUGAGGGUCACGCCGAGGAAAAGCGAGGCUUUGGCAUGAGAUAGUCCACAUUGUGAUGGAAGUCGAGCGCUGUUGAAGACAAUUUACGCAUGGAUGUGGCAGACAUUUCCAUGUGAAGUAUUGACUUGAGGGAAUUCGUUGGCUCCGUGUCCAUCUACGAGCCAACUUGGAGAAAUAUUGGAGCAGCAAGUGGUUUGGGCAUUCAAAAGGGAUGAUUCCCUUUGCCAUUCUUGUUUCUAUGCUUUUUGUCGAUAAAGAAAGAGGUGUAAGCAAGUCAAAUGCCCACUGUUCCACAGAGACGGAGAUGGCGGCCUUAUGGGAAACACUGCUGCUUCUGCUCGCCAACCUCUUCUGGGGAGCCAUCGCCGCGAGGCCGUGCUCAGGCUCAGGCUCAGGCUCGGCUUCGGACAUGAACUAUUGCCUUAGCUGGAGGGUGGCGGUGGAAGCUAACAACGCCCAGGCCUGGCGCACCGUUCCUGCACAAUGCACUCGCUACGUCGAGGACUACAUGCUCGGAGGCCAAUACAACAGGGACCUUGACACGGCCAUCGACCAGAUCUUUAUCUACCUCAAUGGAACCCUUGCAGCUGAUGAUGGCAUGGAUGCUUGGAUCCUCGACGUCGACGACACAUGCCUAUCGAAUCUUCUGUACUACAAGGACAAGCAUUUUGGAGGAGACCCAUAUGAUCCUCUGGCAUUCAAGAGCUGGGCUCAGAAAGGGGUUUGUCCGGCGAUUCCUGCAGUCCUUCAGCUGUAUAAAAGGCUGAUAGAAAAAGGCUUCAAAGUCUUUCUUCUCACUGGAAGAGAUGAAGUGGUGUUCAGCUCAUCAACAUCUCAGAAUCUGCAUGCGCAGGGGUUCACGGGACAUGAGAGGUUGAUACUGAGAAACCAAGCUUACAGAGGACAGGGUGCAGCAGUGUUCAAGUCUGCCAUCAGGAAGCAGCUGGUGUCAGAGGGCUACCGGAUUCGAGGGAACAUCGGGGAUCAGUGGAGCGACUUGUCAGGAGAUUGCAUUGGCAACCGCUUAUUUAAACUGCCUAAUCCCAUGUAUUUUGUUCCAUGAGAGAGAUUGUUCCUCCUCGAGAAGUGUAGAUUGUCAUCCUCUCUCUGGUGCACAGGAACAGUAUCAAUGUUCUGCACAAUUCAAUAAAGCUACAAUAUUGUCAUAUAAAUGAUGAUGAGAUAGUUUAUCUUGAAA